CUCUCUCGAUUUAAAAUUGUUAAUCAAAUUGAAUGACAGAUUAACAGGGUGUGAUUUUUAGAGGGGUCUUAAGUGAAAUCAAAUGAAAGUGCAGAUAUAUAGACAUUACCGAUCUACUGUACUAUGUACUAACACUAUAUAAAUACUUACGCCUAAGUCUAACAGCAGAAUUAAUGAUUAAUAUCUGAUAGUUGUACAUAAGUUACAUACACACACACACACACACACACACACACACACACAUACAAAAACACACACAUCAUAUAUAUGCCGAUAUCUAUCAGGAAACACAAUAAUUGAAAACGUAAUUCAAGCAAUCGAAAUCAGAUGGAAAGAAAACCCCCAUGGACGAGGGGGGACAAAAAUGAUUAAAAAUAUUAAACGCAAAAAAAAACGAAUUAAAAAUAUAAAAACAUGUUGUUACAAACAAGUGAAAUCUAACAAAUAAAAAAAAGGAAACGAAAGAAAAGAAACAGUUUACGCCCAUUUCUUUGGCCUUGUUUUGUCAAUAGUUUGGUUUUUCACCUGGCGCCGCCCCUCCAAUACACCCAUUGGUCCCACAUUGCUCCUUACCUAGUCCAACUGACAAUGGCUGCGGAUUGUCAACGCCUUGGAAACUGGUAGAAAGAGCCACGUUUGUUGAUUUUUUCUUCUGCUUUUUUGUUUUCCUUUGUUUUGGCCCAAGGGCCGAGGGACACAGUUUAACGCUCCUGCGUGGAGUUAAUCGGGCAAUCAAAACAACAACAACAGUCAGGAGCCAGGAAAACAUGGGUAUCUACUUUAAAGAUCUAUAAAAACCUAGAAAAAGCAACAAAAACAACCAACAACGUUUUGUGUGUGUGUGUGUGUGUGUAUAUCUGUGUUGAGCUGUAAUUACUCCUGGCGUUUCCACAAUUGCCAUAGCAUACUUUCCAGCGUUCUGACAAAGUGCACCAAGUUGCAAAAUAGUUGGAAAUCAAGUUGUUCCUCGGCAUUGCAGGCUAAAUUUCAUUUGAGGUCGAAGGGGGAGUUUUACCAAAAAGUCAAAUACAUUGAAGUUCCACGGAUGCACUCGGCAAGGGCUAUAAAAUACGUUCUUUAUCCAGGUGUACUUCUGCCGGUGAUGUAAUGGCAGUCACAUUGCGUUUACUUGGAAAGCCAACAAAUAUCCCUUGCCUGGUUUUCCCCCUUUUGGGCGUCCUGGAAUGUUUAGAAAACCAUGGCGAAAUAUUACUAAAAAUCAAUAAGGUUUUUCAAUUGAUUGGGGAAUUUAAAGUGGCUUAAAAAUAGGAAUUUAUGGAGCUUACCUCUUGUUAUUAAUUAAAAAGCUAUCCAAGACAUGACAUUUAUGGACCAUAAAUGUAGUAAAGAAAAUUUGGUUAGCCUCUUAGUUUGUAAUUUAAUAUUAAUCCAAUCCGUAUUAAGCUUAACUAUUUUGUAAUUAAUAUUACACAGCUUAUUACUUAACCUGCUAUCUUCCACGUAAAAAUCCGUGUCCUAACUGGUAUAGAUCCCUUCGUUUGGCUUGCCAAUCGCGACUGAAGAGCAUCGAAUAGCAUUUUAAGCGAUUGCCCAGAAGUCAAAACAGGCAAAGACAAAGCCCGUCAUGGUCUUUUGUCAUAUGUAAUUGGGGGUAUACGAUACAUACGUUCACGGGAAGUUGCAUUUUUUUAAGGAGGAGCACUGUGUGCAUUCCGUUGAUGGACUGCCAGGUCCAAACAUGUUUGAUUUAUUUGCCCCAUCAGUGGUCGAGUGUGGGUGGCAAACCAAUCCCGUGUUCGUGUCGCAACCGGGCAACCGAUAUCAACAAAUCACAUGAAACCGUAUGCCGUACAUAGGAACGGGUCUAGACAGACGGUUUUCGAGGGCCGUGGCCCAGGCCCAGGCUCAGCCCCAGGAGCAUACCCACCACGUAUCCCUCAACCCAAUUGGAUCCAAAUGGAAAUGCUAAUAAAAUUAUAGUGUCUAAGGCGGAGGCGCUCAUAAACAGACAGAUGGAUCGACAUAGACAGACAGGUCCCAAUGCUCCUCUACUUAUAUGGGUAAUCACAAGAUAAUAACAUUUUUUCUCAAAGGCAGCACGACACAACGAAACAAAACAAAACAAUAACAUUGUAGAGUGCAGUAUAAGCGCAGAUUGAAAUCAAAGUGAACACAAAAGUAAAUGAAUGCACUCUAAGAAACAUAAAGAACUACUAUAAUAUAUUAUAAAUACUUUUUUGGGCAUACAAAACGAAACGUCUAUAAUAUGAUUUUAGCACUGUUUUUAAAGAAGCCAACUAAGAUUGAUGCUGUAACAAGAAUAGUUUUCCAAACGAUAUGAAAUUUCUAUAUGGAUGGAAAUUUUGAAAACUCAAUAUUAGCUAUUGGUUUCUCUCAGUGCAUUUGAAACGAAAUAGCCGGCUGAAACAAUUUAUGGGCAGAAUGUGAACGCUAUUACCCAUUUCAAUGGGCCACGAAUGUAGACUGGGGUAUGGGUUAUGGGGCUCGUAUGUUUGUGUGGAGCGCAUUUGCAUUUCAGGCCUUUUGUUUGCUCUAUUCCACAUACAUAGUUGAAGGGCUUUUCUGGCUAAACUUGAUGAGGAGCAAGGCGGGCGCCGGAAAGGGUCGUUCACCAACACCGACACCCAAUCGGGAUGGUGGGGCGGCAACGGGGGGUGCUGGUAGUGGUGGUGCAGCGGCACCCACAACAACUGGAGGCACCACUGGCGUCGCCAGAUCCACACUACAUGCCAACAAAACGAUACUGAAAACGGUAUCCGUAUUCCUUGCCAGCGGCAAGCGCAACUCGAGCAACCAACAGUCGAAGGCCGCCGCAGCUGCUUUGCAGAACAAACGGCAACAGCGGCAACGGAGGAUGGAUGAGCUGAGCGGCAAAGUCAAUCCAAAGCUGCUGGACAGUCUACGAAAGAAAACGCGCUUUACCAAGGACGAAUUAGAUGCUUUGUGCCGGAUAUAUCGCAAACUGGUAUCCAAUUGUCAGUAUGCGGCAAAGACUCUGGCUUCUAGCUCCUCAAGUGCGGCAAUUGCAAAGCCACAUGCUGCCGUGGAGGGUAUCGACCGCAUUGUGUUCCGUGAGCUGUUGCAUAGUACCUUUGACAUCGUCACCGAGGAAAUCUUAAUGGAGCGCAUCUUUUGCAGCUGGGACAAGGCCCAUGAGGGAUUGCCUCUUCGUUUGGAGGGUUGGCUAAUUGGGCUUUCAACUUUUCUGCGAGGCACCCCGGCGGAAAGAGCUACCUUUUGCUUCCGGGUUUACGAUCUAAAUACCGAUGGUUUCAUCACAAAGGACGAAAUGUUCACGCUGCUGAGGAAUUGUCUGAUCAAACAGCCGCAGGACGAAGAUCCCGACGAGGGGGUCAAGGAUCUUGUGGAGAUUGUCCUCAAGAAGUUUGACCUGGACAAGGAUGGCAAGGUGGGUGUAAUUGAAUUGUAUAGUUUCAAGAGAUUAUUACUUCGAUUUCAGGUAUCCCUGGAGGAUUUUAUGGGCACCGUUACAGCUGAACCAUUGUUAAUCGAGGCCUUUGGACAGUGCCUUCCGACAGACAGUGCUGUGGUUUCUUUUUUCUCAACGCUGCAGGUGUGAUCUGCUUUAGCAUCUUGAUAUCUUUGAAAUUGUUAUAAUUAUCAUCUAUUAAAUACAAGUUAAAAACACGGUUAGAGAUAUUUGAAUGUUCUUUCAUUUUAUUAAGGUACUUAAAAGUUUCGUCUAAAAUGAUGGAGUAACUAAACUAUUUCACAAUAUUCUACAUAUUCAAUAGCUUUUUUGGAUAGUGAACUUAGCUGUCUAGUAAAACAUAACAAAUACUGAGUUAAUAUAGAAACUAUUUAUUGUAACUUAAAAGCUCCCACAUAAAUCGCAGAUGAACUGGUGUCCCCUAUAAAUAGGCACAGUUAAAGCGAGUUCGAUUUCUCGGGACUGGUUAAAGAAUAAUUGCUGCUAAUAGUUAACUGAGGUGACCCCGACCCACGGCUAGAGUGCAAUUGGCUGUUGGAAACCUGUAAUUGGCACCGUAUCCACAUUUGGAUCAUUCCAGAGAUGGAUGCCGCGGAUGAGAUGAGCCGUCAAGGCGUCAUAUUUAUGCAAGCGUCAGACGGUUGAAACAAUAAGCCAGUCAACCGGUCCGGUAAUGUGAGCUAAUUUAUUCGAUUAGCCAGCCGCAUCCACAACUAAACAACCUAUAGCCGCCAUAUGGUACACACGC